UUUUUGGCGGGAAAAUUUCCCGGUUUUUGUUUAACACUUUUGAUAAACCCUACAUAGUAGAAUUUUUCUUCUUCUUAGAAUCCUUUUUGAAUUUCUCGCAAGAAAGACUUUUGAAAAGUAGCAAAUUAAAAUCCAAGGCUUCAUAAUGUCAUUAACAAGGGACAUUUUCUCUAACUUGAAUGAAUAUCUCGCAAAAGAUGAUUCCUUUAAAAAAUAUGAAUUGGAUAAUUUUUCACAAGAUAACAGUGUAUGCGACACAAAAGAUCCCAAAGUGGUUGACUUGAGUAAUAAUUCAAUUGAACCUGAAGUAGUCACAGCCACUUCUGACGAUUUAUUGGAUCUUACUGCUGAUUACUCGCCUCCUGUUAAGACACGACGUGCUGCAGACAAAUUAUCAGUAGAAAUAUUAGAAACAGUUGAGAUUGAGGAUCAGCCCGAGAGCAGUAAUAACAAUUCUAAGACAAGAAGACGAAGUGGUCGAUUAUCGAAAGUGCCAAUAGCGAAGGAAGUACCAAAAGUGAAGCAAGCUCCGAAGGCAAAGAAAAUAUCCUAUAAAGAAGCUUUAAAUGUGAUGAAUUCAUCAAUCCCUAAACUCCCAGAAACACCAAAACCUUCAACAAUGCCAGUUGAUCGAUAUUCUGGAAUUGAUUUAACUGGAGAUGUUAGUCUUGGUGAAAUGCAUUCACAUGCGCCAUUAUUUCAAAAUAAAAGUAUACAAAAACUUAAAUCCGCUACGAAAGUUAUCGUUGACGAUUCCGAUGAAGAUGAUAUGAAUUUGGAUUCAAUCAAAGUUAAAGUUAAAGUUAAUAACAAGAUUCAAGCCCACAAGUAUCGUCAACAUCAAAACUUUUAUGAUUUAUAUAAAAUCAUCUCAGAACAGAAUGGAAUUCCAUUGAAAGAUAUUUUUCUGUACGAUAAUGAUAAACGUCUUGAACAUUCAGACACACCUCACUCAAUCAAUUACAAAAUCACAAAAAUACUGAAAUGUCACGUGUUAGAAGGAAACGAAAUUUCUCUCGAUAAAAUCCAGAAAAAAGAUCAAAUUGUGUUGAAAUUUCAAUCAGACAAAUGGAAGAAGCCAGUGACAAUACAACUUUCGAAGUUUGAUACUUUUAAGACUGCUGUCUGCAUUCUUUGUGAAAAAAUUCCAUUCAAAUCUGAACAAAUAACUUUAAGCUUUGUUGGCGAUUCUGUUGACAUGAACCAAAAUUCUGUCGAUCUCGAUCUUGAUGGUGGUGAAAUAUUCGAUUGCUACAUCAAAGCUUAACAUUUUUCUUGCUACUAAACAUUUCCAUCCAGUUAAUUUCAUUCAUUCUUAUUUUUUAUAUUUCAUACAACAGAAGUUAAUAAAACUUUUUUCGUGUUA